AUGAAAAAAAAGUGAUUAUUAUUUUUAUGUUAUCUUCUCUUGUGUCAAAGUUGAAAACACUCUCAUUUCUCCUAACCUUGGUGCUCGUCGAUCUCUCUUUCUUCUUUUCUCUAUAAACCCAAAUAACAUUCAACAACAUCCAUUCAUUUUUCCUUCUAUUUUCUUUUAUUCAGAUCAGAACAGAAUCUGCUUGAAGAAUGUUCAUGAUUCGAAUUCACAACCAUUCAUUCACUCUUCAAUUGAAUUGAAUUGAAAAAAAAUAAAAGUUUCCCUUUUUAGGUUAUUAUCAGUAGUAAACACAAGACACUGUUUUUGUGUUGUGAAAUUGUGAGGGGUUUGAAAGUUGCGAUCAUGAUGGAACAGCUUCCUGUUGAAGUGAUUGGGAACAUACUUUCCCGUCUGAGGGAUGCAAGAGAUGUGAUAAUAGCCUCUGCAACAUGCAGAAAAUGGAGAAUGGCAUGUUGCAAACAUCUCCACACACUUUCUUUCAGCUCCAAUGAUUGGCCUGUUUAUCGCGAUUUAACGACUACCCGUCUCGAGAUUUUGAUCACACAGACUAUUUUUCAGACUUCAGGGUUGCAGUCCCUUUCCAUUUUGAUGGAAGAUGUCGAUGAAUUUUCGGCUUCUGCAGUUAUUGCUUGGCUAAUGUACACAAGGGAAACUUUGAAGCAAUUGUUUUAUAAUGUUAAGACUAUGCCUAAUGUUAACAUUCUUGAAAUAUGUGGGAGACAUAAGCUGGAAAUACUUGAUCUUGCUCAUAAUUCCAUUGUUGGGGUUGAGCCGAAUUAUCAGAGGUUUCCUUGUUUGAAAUCUCUUUCAUUGAGUGGUGUUACCAUAUCCGCAUUGGAUCUGAAUCUUUUGGUUUCUGCGUGUCCAAGGAUUGAAGCUUUGGAGCUUGUUAAUCCGGAGAUUGCUAUGUCUGAUGCACAGGUGACGGUUGAAUUGAGUAGCUCGACGCUGAAGAGUGUUUACGUAGAUGCAAUCAGUUUGGACAAGUUUAUAUUGGAGGCUGAUGGGAUUGAGUGUCUUCACUUGAAAGAUUGUGCGCUCGAGGUUUUUGAACUCAUUGGCAAGGGGACGUUGAAGAAUUUUAGGAUUGAUGAUGUUAGUGUUAUACAUCUUGAUAUUGGUGACACAGUUGAGAGUCUCGAGAGUGUGGAUAUCAGCAACUUCACAAUUAUAUGGCCAAAGUUUUAUCAAAUGAUUUCGAGAUCAUCGAAUUUAAAGAGGCUUAGGCUUUGGGAUGUGAUGUUCGACGAUGAGGACGAGGUUGUGGAUUUGGAAACAAUUGCGACUUGCUUUCCACACCUGACUCAUUUAUCUCUGAGUUAUGAUGUGAGAGAUGGAGUGCUUCACUAUGGUUUACAAGGCACUUCCCAUCUGGAGAAUGUUGUCGUCUUGGAGCUCGGAUGGAGUGUGAUUAAUGAUCUUUUCUCACACUGGGUCGAGGAGCUGCUUAGGCGAUGCCCGAAUCUUAGGAAGCUAGUCAUUCACGGAGUUGUUUCCGAGACCAAGUCUGAUGAAGAAUGCAAGAUGUUAGCCAAUUUCACUACAUCCAUGGUUGAGCUGAUGAGGAGAUACACAAAUGUUGAUCCACAUUUUAAAUUUGAAUAAAAUUCUUCUUCUAAAUGACUUGUUAUAGCUCAAGAUUUCUUUUAAGUCUGAUUAUGUAGGCACAUUUGCAGGUAACUUUUACAGAAAUCAAGAGUUUAUGCUCAAGUUUAACUUAUUGGUUUGAAUCUUUAUUUAAAAUUUGUGACUGAACAACAAUCA